AUGUCUUUCGGAAAGCUUUACUCCUACCCUGGAAACACCAGGACCAUCGCGGCCGAGGCUGUGGCCAAGGCCAACGGCUUGGAGCUUGAGGUUGUCCCCACCAUGCCCAUCCAGGGUGUCUCUGCCGAGUUCAAGUCCAAGUUCCCUCUCGCCAAGAUCCCUUCUUUCGAGGGUGCUGACGGCUACAAGUUGACCGAGACUUUCGCUAUUACUGUCUACCUCGCCAGCCAGAACGAGAAGACUGCCCUCCUCGGUAAGACCAAGAGCGACUACGCUUCCGUCCUCCAGUGGAUGUCCUUCGCUUCUACCGAUCUCUGGAGCUCUUUGGCCCAGUGGUUCGUUCCCAUCUUGGGAUACAUUCCCUACAACAAGAAGAACGUUGACGACGCUGAGAAGAAGACCAACGACUACGCCGCCUACCUUGAGAACUACUUGAAGACCAGGACUUUCCUCGUCGGUCAGCGCAUCACCCUUGCCGACCUUUACCUUGCUUGCCACAUCGCCCCUGGCUUCAAGUUCUUCUUCGAUGCUGCAUGGCGCCAGCAGCACCCUGCCUUGACCCGCUGGUACACUACUGUUGUCAACCAGGAGAUGUACAAGGCUGUUGCCGGUGAGGCUGUUCUUGCCCAGGAGGUCACCAAGUACACCCCCCCUAAGAAGGAGAAGAAGGAGGAGAAGCCCAAGAAGGAGGCUGCCCCUCCCAAGAAGAAGGAGGAGAAGCCUGCCAAGAAGGAGGAGGAGGAGGACGACACCCCUAAGGAGGUUAAGGCCAAGCACCCUCUCGAGGCCCUUGGUGCUCCCAAGUCCAUCCCCCUCGACGAGUGGAAGCGUCAGUACUCUAACAACGACACGCCCGUUGCCCUCCAGUGGUUCUGGGAGAACUACGACUCCAACGACUACUCUCUCUGGAAGAUCGACUACAAGUACAACUCUGAGUUGACCCAGGUUUUCAUGUCCUCCAACCUUAUUGGUGGUUUGUUCGCCCGUCUCGAGGCUUCCCGCAAAUACUUGUUCGGAUCCGUCGGUGUCUACGGAGAGAACAACAACUCCGUCAUCACUGGUGCUUUCCUUGUCCGUGGCAAGGAUUUCAAGCCCGCUUUCGAGGUUGCCCCUGACUGGGAGUCCUACGACUUCAGCCCCAUCGACCCCUCCAACGCUGAGCAGAAGAAGUUCCUUGAGGAGGCCUGGGCUUGGGAGGGAAGCUACGAGGGCAAGGCCUACGCCGACGGUAAGGUCUUCAAAUAA